GCAUUCAAAAUGACAAUGACGAAGGCACACAUACUGUGCCUGGUGUGGGUGGUUAUUUUCUUCUGCUCGAGCAGCCCGCAAGUGAACGCAGCACAACGAGAGACAGUACCAAAGCAACAGCAAACGACAUCAACGAAGGACAGCGGCAGCAGCAGCAGUAGCAGCUCCAACGGACAACCGAAUUUGCUGACCAACAGCAACAGUGGCAGCAGUAGUAGCAGCAGCAGCAGCAGUAGUGGUAGCAGUAGUAGUACUAGCGUAAGCAACAGCGGCCCCAGCUCGGCCACAGGUACCAGCGGCAGUGGCAAUAUCGGCACCACCAGCAGCAGUGGACCGACCAUCGGUACCAACAGUGGCAGCAGCAGGCCAACGCCCAUCGAAACAACAACGGUCCUGCCAACCGAGCAGACCCGCGUUGGGCCGUACUUUGACGUGGCCGCUUCGAAGAACGUCACAGCGCUGCUGGGAAAAACCGCCUAUCUGAACUGCCGCGUCAAGAACUUGGGCAACAAGACGAUGCUGCUGCAGGUGUCCUGGGUGCGCCAUCGGGACAUCCAUCUCCUGACCGUCGGUCGGUACACGUACACUUCCGACCAGCGGUUCCGAGCGCUGCAUCAUCCGCACACGGAGGACUGGAGCCUGCAGAUCAAGUACCCGCAACACCGCGACUCGGGCAUCUACGAGUGCCAGAUCUCGACGACGCCCCACAUGAGCCACUUCGUGCAUCUGAACGUAAUCGAACCCUCGACGGAGAUAAUUGGUGCCCCCGAUCUGUACAUCGAGAGCGGUUCGACCAUCAACCUGACCUGUGUCGUGAAGGAUUCCCCCGAGCCGCCGGCUUACAUCUUCUGGAAUCACAACAACGCGAUCAUCAGCUACGAUUCUCCGCGCGGUGGCGUAUCGGUCAUAACCGAGAAAGGUGACACGACGACCUCGUUCCUGCUCAUCCAGAACGCACGGCCAUCGGAUUCCGGACAGUACACGUGCAAUCCGUCCAACGCCAAAAGCAAAAGUGUCACCGUGCACGUCCUAAACGGUGUUUCCCAUUCCGUUUCCAGGGGAGUACCCAGCAGCAAUGCAGCGCGCGGGACGACCGCUUCAUCGCACGCCACUCAACCAUCAGCUCUUGGUGCUGGCAUCGGUGCUGGUUUCGUCCUUGCUCUGCUCCGUCGGUGCGCUGCGCCUUCCGAGCCGAUCCGGUGGCCACCGGCCGCACGCCAGCUCCUGCGGCUCAUCGUAGUCUGUCUCCUGCGCCCCAUCCUUCUCGGUCUCGCCCGUAUGAGGCUUCCUUGCGUGUCCCUACGCCUCCCACUUAUGCUCCCGCACCGAACGUGCCCUCUCGCGGCCUCAUCACGGCCGCCCUUUGCUACCAGCGCCAUGGCCGGUAGCUCGCACUCUUCGAACCAUGACCGGCCGGAGAGGCUGUUACGGCACCAUCACCACCACAAUCACCGGUGGCGGACGGGCCCGGGACCGGUUUGCUGCUUUUCCCAGACGUUUCAGCAACGCCGCAGGACCAGGACCUCCGAAGGCUCUGAAGCCGUUCGAUGAGACGCAGCUCAUCAGGAUCGUUCGCUUACCAAGUUGCCGUGAGCAAGAGAGAGAGCGAGAGAGAUGGAGAGAGGGAGAACGAGCACACGCACACCUUUCUCACGAACACGCCCCAGUACACUUCGUUAUCCUGUCCCUGGUGGGGGGCAUCAUCCUUCGUCCUUCCUACAGCCAGUGGUGGUCGCGAGUUUCGAGAGAGGUAAGAGACAAGCGUCGGACAUCCCGACACCUUUCGGUGCAAAAGAACGAGCGACCGCCUCGACUCCUUCUGAUCUGAUUCUCGGCUGAUGCGUUCUGCAUUCGUCGGCUGUAAAUCUGCAUCCCCAAGCCCGGUGACGGUGGCGCCCUCUCUCGGGUGCCUGCCCAACUAACGGCAGAAGGCCACUUAAACCCAUUUAAUCACGGCGCUGCAUACGCCGUACCGUCGUUGCGGACUGCAUGACACACCCUGUGGCCAGUUCGGAUGGUGUGGAGAAAACAUUACGAUGCCGAAAUUGUAACUGCGUGACCUAAUCCGAUCGAGGGGCCGGCCUGGGUGGGGAGAGAGAGAGAAAAUACGCAAGGAUCGAAAGGAUUGCUCGAAGGAUCGAAGGGAUCGCUCGAAGGAUCGGCGUGCGGACACUGCGGCCGCAAACAUGUAACGUGUAAGUUAAGCAAAAGUCUGUUAAACUGAUUUAUCUUUAGGUAUCUCUUAUAGUACGUAACGUAAGCGGAACGAAAUAUUCAGCUCACCCUCAAGCCCAAAGGUCCGGUGGAAACGCCAUUAGGCGAGCCUUGGGCGUCCUAUGGGAUUGGGGGUCCGAGAUGUGGAAGUGCGUUUUAAAAUAAUGAAACCGAAAUCGUGGCCAUAACGAAGACGAGAUAGAGAGGGACAGAGAGAGAGAGAGAGAGAGAGAGAUCGUAUAUAAGCUGGUUACUCACGCCCGUUGAAGCGGGGGCGUGCAGAUGCGAUGGAGGAGUUAGGGAUCGACAUUAGCUAAAUCAAACGCAGGUCUGCUUGCGGCAGGCGUGCAUACGAACGCGUGAAGGGAGUUGUGUGUUCUCCGCGGUUAAACCAUUUGGCGAGGCAGCUUUCGUUAGAAAAACGAGUUGAGAAGGAAGUUGCAACAGCUGGUGGAGGCGCACAGGUGGCCACGUUAGAGAAAAGAAAGAAAGAGAGAGAGAGAGAGAGAGUUACUCCGUUAAUUUAAAACAAAAAGAAAGAACAAAAAAAAAAGAAAACACUCGUUAAACUAUGGUAAAAUCAUAUAAAAUCGUAAAUCAAGAGAGCGAAAGGAAAAAAAAACAAAUGAAACCCCCAAACAUACACACUCACUCAUCCCACUCACCAUCCCACACGCCCACAGCCAGUCGGAUGGAAUAACACGAACUAUAUUAUGGAAGUAAUUGAGUGAUAUUUUUUUUUUUCAAAUUUUUGAGCAAAGCAACCCCUGUACACUAGGUGGAAACCCUGCCCUAUCCUGCCCAUGUCCCAUAAGGAACUACACUGCGCUAGAUGUGGAUUUUACGAAAAUCUCAGUCUCAACUCAACGCCCAUACUCCCUUUUCCACGGCGUCUUGGGGGGUGGUUUGGGAUGCAUCCACCCCCGCAGCCAACCACAGACACAUACACACACACACACCGAACCCCCCGUAACUGUAUCCAGCUGAAGCAACAUAGUAAAAUGAACAAGAUUUAAAUAAAGCCAUAGGCGAGAGCGCCAAAGGAAGUGCGCCCGCGUGUCCUUUUACCCAUCGCGGUUCGCUGUACGCAUGAAAAAGGGGCGCUGUGAAAGGUGGGUUGGGUGGCGCGGAAACGCAGUAAAACUGCGUGCUUAAUGAACCGUGCAUUGAACCCGGUAGCUGCUAAUCCACGGUACGUGCAAGUAAGCCAAGCUAGACGGCACUGGUAUGGUAGGAAGCACGCGAGCGAAAGAUAGAGAGAGAGAGAGAGAGAGAGCGUGCGUGGAAAAUGUGGGUGGGAAAAUAAACCUCCCCACACGCAUCUAGCAGGUUAAUGAGGGGGAAAGAGUGGAAAAAAAGGACGCGUUUCGGAGCUGGCCCGCAUCGAUCGUCAAUCGGACGCGAAUCGCGAGCACCGAAACCGGAAAAGGGAAACCGUGAACAUUGCAAACCGUCUCACCCCGAACAGCGGGCGCAAAACCGUGGCAGUAGCACCGUGAGAGGAAAGAGGGAGGAGGAGGAGAAAAAAAACAAUAUAUGAUAAAUGAAUGUACAAAAUAAUGGAAAAAUAUAUAUGAAAUAAAACAUUACAACUGAAGCUGGUGGUGUUGCGUGCGCA